GCCCAAAGGCAACUGAGUUCAUCCUCAAAGACACAUUGCAGCUCUUCUCUCUCAGAGGCAGGGUAGAAUGGUGGAGGCCCUUCCCUGUCCCCUGCUCAUAGCUGUCAACUUUUCCCUUUUUUAAAAGGAAAUUCCCUUAUUCCGAAUAGGAUUCCUCGCAAUAAAAGGGAAAAGUUGACAGCUAUGUCCCUGCUUGAAAUCUCGACCUGCCAUUCUUUGCUGCAGCAGGGGAGGCCACAUUUUGCUAGCUGAACACAGUAUGCUGGGAGGCAGCUGGCUGCAUAAAAUACUGCACAUUUGCAGCAUAAAAUACUGGCUGGUAGCUGGUAGAUUUUUUAAUUAAACUUUUAUUAACUCUAUUUAUUCCAAUAUAUUUUAAGACCAUCUCUUGAUGCAAGUAAGGUAGCUAACAACAAGAAGAAAGUAAGAUGCAGCCUUAAAGGUGCAAGUCAUUCAUCACCACUCAUCAUAUCUGCCACAGAGAAGCCUCGUCAAGUCUCUCCUUCCCAAGGGCAUGACCUCUCCCCUGCUUGAAAAUGUUUCAGCUCUACAGAAAUCACUCGAGCCUUCCCAGUGAAAGCAGCGACACAUCCAGCUCUGGCCUGGGCAGCAUCAUCGAGACCCCCAAACACAUCCUCUACUCAGCCUGCAGUUUACCUCACACUUUGGAUGACUUGCUGGCCGGGCUGUCGGUUCCGAAGAAAGCUGCUCGCAGGCCCCCGCCAAGCCGCCCUCGACGCAGCAGCAGCCCCAGCGUCCCCGUCGACCUGGACAUGAGCGACGGGGAGACCAGCCUCUCCGACAGCGGCUCAGAGUCUCCUGUGUGUGUGGAACUGCCGCCACAGCCCUUCAUCCGCGAGCACACCGUCAGCAGCACCAGCGCUCAGGUUUCUUGGUCAGGCCCACGCAACGGGGAGUUGAUUUCCUUCUACGAGCUGCAACUGCAGGAGGCCAGGCUGGACGGUCAAGGCAAGAACAUCCAUUGGUUUUGCUCGCAGACAGAAGAGCACCUGGAGAAUCUGACUCCUGGCACUACGUACUUGCUGCGCGUGAGGUCUCUCAACGUGGCAGGUGCUGGGAAGUGGAGUGCACCCUAUAAGUUUGGCACGAUGCCUUCUGUGGCAGGAAUGCCUCUGGACCCGGCUCCUGUCACUGUCACCGUGCGGCGGUGCAGGAAGCCCCAGAAGAAGACAAUCUUUAUCCCUGCCCCCUAAGAGGACUGACAACAUGGAAGUAAAGGAUGGCACCU